GAGUGCAGACAUCAGACCUCGUGUUUAUCUUGUGAGUUUCAUAACCUAGACUCUGAAAGAUUUAUAUUUUUAUCUAAAAUGAAUAUUUAUAAUUAAAAUUCAUAGUUGUAUAUAUUACAGUAUUUGCAGAAAAAAAUUUGUAAGAACAUAGUGUAAAGUGCACAACUUUUCAUAUAAAAUCAUUACAAAACAUGUGUCUUUCUUAGCUUAGUUAGGAAAUGAUGUUAAAAGCAUGUUAACAUUUAGUUACUAGAAAAUUUCUAAAGUUGUGACAACACAGGACGAAAAACAUUUCAAAAUGUUGAGUUCAAUUUUGAAGCAUCCUAUUACUUCUAAAACUCUAUUAGCUCAAAUACGAUCUGUCCAAGGGAUAAUGCAAAAAUAUUUUAUAUGUGACAAGAGAACAUUUUCAACAGCAGUGGCUAUUAGAAUGUUUCUAACGAGAUGCACAAGGCUAUCUGAUGGAGCAACACGACCAACAAGUUUUCUUAAAUCUAACGGAUUGCUAAAAAAUAUAUUAGUUAAACGGCAAAUGUCACAAUUGGAUGUAAACACGAAUGUACAGAACAACGUAAUUUUAUAUAAAUUUGAAAGAAAUGCAUAUUUUCGAAAUGUACAAAUUUUUGCAGUUGCACAAUUAUUUGGUUGGUUUUUAUUAGCUUAUUAUACUUAUAAACCAUCGUUUUGGGACAUAUUUUAUACUGACAUAAAGUUUAAAGACUAUUUGUGGAGAGAUGCGAUUUGGCUUAGCACUUGUCUUUUCUCACUUAUUGUAGGACCUUUCAUGUUUCUUUUCAUUUAUGCUACAUGUGCUCGUAGCAUCAAAUAUAUUAUUUUAAAUAAAGGCGGUAAAACACUUUCAAUUACUACUUAUCACAUACUAAAGAAGAAAUCCAACAUAAAUGUACCACUAGGAAUGGCAAAAUGCGCUGCAAACAGGAUGGACGUAGGAGCAGUUCUACCAAUUAAAAUAGAAAAUAAAUCUUUUUUCUACUUGAUUGAUAGAAAAGGUGCAUUUGUAAACCCAAAACUUUUUGAUUAUGCAAUGGGAUAAUUAUUUAAUUUUUAUGAAUAAGUAGUAUUACUAUAUAUGUUCUCUUGAUAUAAUACAUCGUUUAUAAAAAAUGUAAUUACCGUCAUAUAUUUAUGUAUAAAAUAUAAAUACAUAGAAUUAUCUAUUACUAAAAAUGUAUUAUUAAUAUAUCGAUACAAAUUAAAUUGCGAAUUAAUCGGCUGAAAAUUCUAUAUGUUAUUUCUGGAGAAAAGAGAUUAUCCUUUUUACAAAUUAUUUAUAUUGGUAUUACCAAAAAAGUACAUUUACAAUUUAUAUUCUCUGGAAAAGGAUAAAGACUGUUAGUACAAUAUUUAUGCACAAAUACACAUAAGUACUAUGUUUUAUUGCA